AUGGCCAACAACGCGCCGAACGAGGUCGAGGAGACGAUCAAGGCGCUCAAGGCCAAGCCCGGCUUCUUCUCGUACAUCGUCAUGAACAACGACGGGAUCGUCAUCAAGUACGAGAACAUGGAGUACAAGAUGGCCGUCAUGCACGCCUACCACAUCCUCAACCUCUACGCCCGCUCCAAAAAGUACCUCACCAAGCUCUUUGACGCGGCCGAGAGCGACAUCGAGUGCCUCCGCCUCCGCACCAAGCUCCACGAGAUGCUCAUCGCGCAGUACGCGAAGUUCACGCUCGUCGUCCUCCAAGUCUCCGAGACGGAAGAGGUCAAGGUCGAGACCAAGGUCGACGACACGAAGGAAAAGGAAGCCGAGGAAAAGCCAGCAGCCUAA